AUGAGCGAAGACAGCCUGUUUGAUGCCAUCCCCUCCGAAGUGAGCCAGCACCUGGUUAAAUUCUCAGAAGCUAUUCAAAAUUCUUGGGAUAUAAUUGCUGACUACAGAGAAUCCGUCAAGGGGGACAAGAGUGAGGUAAGGUCACUAUCAAUUUCUCCCUCUAAAACAGUCCCAGCUUUCAGUGAUGCAACGUGUCCAGACAGACUUAUCAAUGGCUUACGCCAUAAACGCGCUGUACUUUGGUUAGUCCAUCAAAUCGCCUUAUUCAAAUUUAGUUCACCUAAGGUGCAAUGGUGUGGAGGUAAAGGACCAUCCAAUCCUAAAAGAACUGGUAAGUUUGUUGUAGUACCUUCAUGCAAGCGCAUGCUUGAGAUAAAUUUUCAACCAUUUCCGGGGUUGACUUCUGAAAUGCGGCUUUCUGCUCCAGUGUUUCAUCUUAAAAUGCUAGCACCCGUCGAACGAAUCAGCAACCCCUAUGAUGUUCAGUUGGGGAGAGCUGAACGCAUUACAGCUUGCUUGAGGCGUUGUCAGAAUCUCUGUGAGAAGCAGUCCUCGAAGCGUAUGCAUCUUGACAAACAGGCCACGACCCGCUUUGUGCGUACUGCUCUCUGGCAGUCCGCCCAAUCCAAAACUAAAAAACGAAGAAUGGAUUCCGAGAGCGCCGGACAGACUUGA